AUGGCAGCUCUCAAAGAGGACCUGCAAUGCUCACCGGCCCAGCUUGUUUACGGGGAACCCCUGCGCUUGCCCGGUGAACUCAUUGCCCCUUCUCCAGCUCCAGAUCGCGUCGAGGACUUAACCAACUUCGCCACUCAACUCCGCCUGCAGAUGGCACGACUGAGGCCAACACCUGCCUCCCGCCAUGGUCAGCAGCCAGUCUUCGUUUCGAAGGACCUCUUGACUGCUACACACGUCUUCUUGAGAGAUGACACAGUCAGACCUUCCCUCAAGCCGCCCUACAGUGGACCUCAUAAGGUAGUGUCUAGAACGGAGAAGACAAUAACGAUCACUGUCGGUGACAGAAACACGCAAGUGAGUCUUGACCGUGUGAAACCGGCAUACAUCGUAGACAAUUCAGUACCGUCAGCACCCAGAUCAACUGCAAACUCACCUGCUUUGCCUACUCCAGCUGCAACUCCAGUUGUCCCAGCUGCGCCUCCUGCUUGUAUUAAGCACUCCUCACCAACUCCUUACACUACUCGCUCAGGUCGUAGCGUCCAUUUUAAAGACCGUUUGAACCUG